UUUUAUACGUACAUUGUGGUUAGAUUUGUUUUAGUUCAAUUUUCCUUAAGAAAAGAAAUGGCAAAAUUCGAUUUAACAUCACGUAUAGGUCAAUAUCUUGAUCGACAUUUAGUAUUUCCACUUUUGGAAUUCUUAUCUGCAAAACAGGUUUACGAUGAGUACGAGUUACUUCAAGCUAAGCUCGAUAUUCUUAGCAAAACAAAUAUGAUAGAUUAUACAAUUGAUAUUCGACAACAACUUUAUCCUAAUUUGGAAGUGCCAGAGGAAUUGAAAUCUCAUCGUGCAGAGGUAUUACAAGAACUUAGUAAUUUACAAAAUAAUGUAUCUGUUGUUGUAAUGCUUAUGAACGAUGAAGAAGUCAUGAAGAAAAUGGAAAAUAUGCGAGACUCUAAGGCAUUGAACAAUUAUCUUACUCAAGAGUCUAAUUUCAGAGUGGAAAUGAUGGAUAGUUUAGUGAAAUUAGCAAAAUAUCGUUAUGAAUGUGGAAAUUAUUCUAUUUGUACAUCAUAUUUAUAUUUCUAUAUGCUUAUAAUGCCACCAACUGAUAAGAAUUAUUUAAAUGUACUUUGGGGUAAAUUGGCAUCAGAAAUCUUAGGACAAAAUUGGGAAACUGCAUUAGAAGAUGUAAAUAAAUUAAGAGAAUACAUUGAUAGCAAUAUCAUAGGAAACUCUCUUCAAGUAUUACAACAAAGGACAUGGCUUAUUCAUUGGAGUUUAUUUGUAUUUUUCAAUCAUGUGAAGGGCAGAGAUUUAAUUGUAGAGAUGUUUCUUUAUAGGCCACAUUAUCUAAAUGCAAUUCAAACAAUGUGUCCUCAUAUAUUGAGAUACUUAGCAGCUGCAGUCAUUGUUAAUCGUUCUAGACGAUCUAUACUGAAAGAUCUUGUGAAAGUGAUACAACAAGAAUCUUAUACAUAUCGUGAUCCCAUUACAGAAUUUCUAGAACAUUUAUAUGUCAAUUUUGAUUUUGAUGGAGCAAGACAAAAAUUGCAAGAAUGUCAAACAGUUGUACUUAAUGAUUUUUUCUUGAUUGCUUUACUAAAUGAAUUUGUAGAGAAUGCUCGUUUAAUGAUCUUUGAAACAUUCUGUAGAAUACAUCAGUGCAUAAGUAUUGGGAUGCUUGCAGAAAAGCUUAAUAUGAAGGCAGAUGUAGCAGAAUGUUGGAUUGUUAAUUUAAUCCGUAACGCACGAUUAGAUGCCAAAAUAGACAGCAAAUUAGGGCAUGUUGUAAUGGGUGGACAACCUGCCUCACCAUAUCAACAACUAAUUGAAAAAAUUGAAACCUUAAGUGUUCGUAGUGAAGCAUUAGAAAACUUAAUUGAACGGAAAUUAAAAGCUAAGAAUCAGGAGCCUAGUCAGACCCCAUGGAACUUGGACUUAUGACAUCAUGAUAUAAUGUGCAGAGAUACAGUCAAAAAAAAGCAUUUAUUUCAAUUCAAAACUGUAAGCAAAACAUCCAACAGUGAACUAAUUCAACUCUGUGUAUGUAAAGUGGAGCAAGAGAUAUAUCGUAAAGUCAAUAUAUUUUUAUUUA